GCGAAUGAGGGAGGGUGGAACAGAGGUAGAGAGAUUCACACAGCAUAGCCAUCACUGGGUAGACAGCAUCCUUUCUAAACGCACUCACGAGCAAACAAAAAGAGGAAACACAUCAGAAUCCUUUCAGACGACAACAGAACAGUUCUUCAGCAGAGAUGGGGCCCGGAUUGUUCUGGAACUUCCCAUCCAAGACUAGCUGCACGGUUCCACAGAGCCUGCUGCAGACAAUGUUGCUCUCCAGGAUGGCUGGCAUAAAGGAUCAGCAGUUCACUGAAGAGAAACCACUACUGCCAGAAUCCAGGGGACAGGAAACAGAGAUGGAAAACUGUGAGACCUAUGUGGCUGAGGGAGAUUGGAAGGAACAUGACAUUGAAACCCCUUAUGGGAUGUUGCACGUAGUGAUCCGUGGGGCUCCCAAGGGCAACAAGCCAGCUAUCCUGACCUACCAUGAUGUUGGGCUCAAUCACAAGCUGUGCUUCAACACGUUCUUCCACAAUGAAGACAUGCAGGAGAUCACUAAACAUUUUGUGGUGUGCCACGUAGAUGCCCCAGGCCAGCACAUUGGUGCCCCCCAGAUGCCACAAGGAUAUCAGUAUCCCACCAUGGAUCAGCUAGCUGGGAUGCUUCCUAGUGUGGUGCAACACUUUGGCUUCAAGAGCAUUAUUGGAAUUGGAGUGGGGGCUGGUGCCUACAUCCUCGCCAAAUUUGCGCUGAUUUUCCCUGAUCUUGUGGAGGGUCUGGUUCUUCUCAACAUUGAUCCCAAUGGGAAGGGAUGGAUCGACUGGGCCGCCACAAAAUUGUCAGGACUCACCAGCACUUUACCAGACACUGUCCUGGCCCAUCUCUUCAGCCAGGAAGAGCUUAUGAGCAACACAGAAGUGGUUCAGACUUACCGUCAACAGAUCAACAACACCAUCAACCAGUUCAACCUACAGCUCUUCUGGAACAUGUAUAACAGCCGCAGGGAUUUGGAAAUGAAUCGCAGUGGCUCUGUGCUAAAUGCUAAGACCCUGAGGUGCCCGGUCAUGCUGGUUGUUGGUGACAAUGCUCCGGCUGAGGAAGGCGUGGUUGAGUGCAACUCUAAACUGGAUCCAACCAACACCACAUUCCUAAAGAUGGCUGAUUCAGGUGGAAUGCCUCAAAUUACACAGCCUGGAAAACUCUCAGAGGCUUUCAAAUACUUCCUGCAGGGAAUGGGUUACAUUGCUUAUAUGAAGGAUCGGCGAAUGAGUGGGGGGCCAGUGCCCUCGGCCAGUAUGACUCGUCUUGCUCGCUCGCGAACGGCCUCUCUGACCAGCGCCGGCUCCGUGGAUGGCUCUCGCAACCGCGCAUGCACGCACUCAAAUAGCAGUGAGGGCAUCGGGCAGGUCAGCCACACCAUGGAAGUGUCCUGCUGAACCCUUGUGCAUUGUCUCACAUGCACACAUUUAGAGAGAUGUGGCAUGGAAGGAAGGUGUGAGAAGAAUGGAGGUCUCAUAUUGCUUUCAUUCUUUUUUUCUCAGCCAUUUUUUUAUGUCCUUUUCUCUCUCAGUUUUUUCAGUGUUAGCCAUCUUAAAGGAACAGUUGACUCAAAAAUGAAAAAAAAAGUAUAAAACUAUAAUUUACUCGCACAAAUGUAUUUAGAAACCUGUAUGACUUAAUUUCUUUUGUAAAACACAAAAUGAGAUAAAUAGUCCAAGGAGCUAUUUUCCAUAUAAUGAAAAUGAAUGGUGACCACAACUAAAUUUCAGUGAACAACAACCUUUUUUUUUUUCAUGAAUUGGCUUCAGAAGACCAUUCACUUCCACUGUAUGGAAGAGAGCAGCUUGGACGUUCUGCUGAACAUCUGCUUUUGUUGUCCACAGAAGAAAUAACGCCAUACAGGUUUAGAAGAACCUCAGUUUGAGGUUUUCAUUUUGAGCUGAACUAUUCCUUUAACCUGUUAAAUGAAGACUUGCUGUCCUUUUCCCCUUCAAAACAGUGUUUGGUUUCCCCCAACUUUGUAACACGGUUACUUAUUGCUCUACAUGUCAGUAUUGCUGCACCCUUUGCUUGCUGCCUCUGGCCUUCACCUCCUAAGACAAAACUACAAGUCCCAUCAGCCCCUGCUCUCACUCAUUCCUGUCCUGUGACAGUCUUUGAGGAGAAACUGAUGGAUUGGGUCGCAGGUAAAAGGGAUCGGUCUUGAGGAACAGCAUGAAAUAAAACAAAAGAAAGGAUUCUUAAAUCAGAGAGCAAUUUAUAAGUAACAUUUGUAGCUCUCCUUCUCAAUUUUGAGUGAAAGGAAAGCGAUUGUAUAGUCGAAAAGGGCGUAAAUCUCUUAACCAGUAAACAGUAGCUCUCGGCUAAUCAUCUCAGCUCAUUCAGCCAUUGGAAGUGUAUUUUUCACCACAAACUGUAAGAAAAAAUAACUUUAAAAUUUUUUUUAAAUGAUUAUUUGAUACCAUGAUUGGUUUUCUCAUUUAAAAUGUUAUUAAAGCAUGAAAAACAGUUUUAAAGUGUUUUGCUCCAUUAAAGUAGGAACAGAAGUUGUAUGACUUGACCACUGACUUGCCUUAAAUAAUCUUUUUUCAUGUUAGAAUGAUUAAUUUUGCCAUUCCUUUCAUAUUAAGCACUAAUACGAUUAACCACACUUUCAAAUCAAGUCUCAUUCAUUAAAUACUACAUGCCUAGUACCCUUUUAAUGUGCACUCACUGUCAUGUGAAAGUGGCUUUGUCUGGGAUUGGUUCUGUAUGGUCUCCAUUUUAUAGACAAUCAGCUUCCGACCCAAACCAAACCGGAACCGUCGACUGAGGCAGAGCCUGUGUGAUAGAGUUUGCAGUGCGUUAGUGGUACAGAAUCAAGGUCUCACACUUCCCUUACAGCACCCAGCCCCGAACCAAGAAUAUACCAAAGCUACUGAUACAAAUGCACUCACAAAUGCACACAUAAACAUUUCCCAAUGAGGGCUGGGCUCUGCAAGGUAACAGAGCUUUUGUAUGUAUGUACACACACACACACACACACACACACACACACACACACACACACACACACACACACACACACACACACACA